GCCAACCUAACGGCGGAGCAAAGCCUGGGCCUCGGCGGCGGGUGAGCGCCGCGCCUGCGCGGGGACUGCGCCUGCGCACUGCCGGCGCCGAGGCUGCCUCCCGGAGAUGGGAUGGAUUCACAAAGGAUCAGAGACUGAAAGCGAGUAGGCAGCAAACAAUAAGCAACGGUUCUGUGCAGAGUUGGAAGGGACGGGGGAGCUCUAGGUCCUCAAGCUCACUCAAAAAGAGACUUCUAAAGAUUUAGCUGUACUCGCCUGCUACAACGAUGGACAGCGAAGUGCAAAGGGAUGGCAGAAUCCUGGAUUUGAUCGAUGACGCAUGGAGGGAGGAUAAAUUGCCAUAUGAGGAUGUGGCUAUCCCUCUGAAUGAGCUUCCUGAACCAGAGCAAGACAAUGGUGGCACAACUGAGUCUGUGAAAGAGCAAGAAAUGAAGUGGACGGAUUUGGCUCUCCAGUAUCUCCAUGAAAACGUUCCACCCACGGGAAACUAGUGAAUCAGUGAGAUUUCAGGCAGUGGAUGCAAGAAUGCAAUAUAAAAAAUAUUCUUCAGCUGACCAUCACUGUCAUAAGCGUCUCUAAGGAGGAAACAACGUUUCUGAAAAAGGCUCAGAUUCAAACGAUGGUUCUGCUCACAGUCACCAAACACAGUUUAAAAUGCUUCUAUAAUGAGUGUGAAAUAACAAUGGCUAUCUGACACCUCAGAGCUAAUAUCAGAAUGUUUCUCUUAUGUAAAAUUAUUUCAUAUCUUCUGUUAAGUUGUUCUUAAGUUGGUGCCAAUUCUGAUCUUAAAUGUUUUCUACAUGUGAUAGAACAAGUAGUUUUUACUGUC